AUGCAAACCGUCACUGCUACAAUGCCCGUCUCCGACUGUCUGCUAUCAAGCUCUGCCGCCGCCGCUACAUCCACCACCACCAAACCACUCCCCGUCCACUUCAUCAAGGACAACAAACACCCAAACUCCAAUAACAGGAGGGACUCCAUUGCCCACUCCCAAGGGAUCGGUGGUGUCGCAUGGGGGUCCCACACAAUCGGAUCUUGGCUAAAGGAUGAAAUAUCAAAUUCAACCUCCAUACCAAUAUCAAGAGUAGCCAAACCAUCGAGAAAGCCACCAUUGACCAUCAAUAACACUAACAUCAUACCUCUCUUGGAAGAUGCACACGCCGCAAAGGACCCAAACCCAAUCUUGGAAACAACAACACCAUACUGCCCCUACUUGUCCAAUUUCGAAGAACAAUACUGCAAGGAUUACUCGUGUUGUGGACGAUCCCUGCCCAGUCUACAUGAUCUGUUGAAACAUUACGAGGACGCUCAUAUUCAGUCCAAUAAUCGUCCCUCCGUCGCCGCCGCCGCUUCUUCUAACAAGGAAACUAAUAAUAAUAACAUUCAGAAAAUUAAUAAUACCUCUUCAUCUUCAUCGCAUCCAAACGUCAUACAGCAGGACUUGAAAACUUCCAUCAGCUACGACAACCCUCAAAAGACAGACUCAAACAACUUGGUGUUGUCCUCCCUAAAUAAUAUAAACUUGGUAGAUACAGUAUCCACAAAUGACGUAUUCUUACAACCAACAUCCCCAAGAGAACUCGAAUACGAAAACAUAUUCGAUAAAAACAGCUACACCACUCAUUCAGACAAUGAACUGUACCAAAUCUUGUCCAAUGCUUCAUCAGUCGCUACGUCCCCCUCGCCAUCCACCAAGGACACAACUCACAACAACCAACAACCUUUCAUAACAGACCCGGCAAGAAACCUCUACGUCACGGAGCAAGAAACAGAACUGAAACCAUUCAAGUGUCCCGUCAUCAACUGUGGCAAGGCUUACAAGAACCAAAACGGGUUGAAGUAUCAUAAAUUGCACGGCCAUCAGAACGAAAAAUUAAUCGCCAAUGAUGAUGGUACGUUCUCGAUAUUGGACCCACAUUCCAUGGAACCAUACCCUAAUGAUCAUUAUAGGAACAAUCUGGACGUGAAUAAACCAUACCGCUGCGAAGUCUGCGGUAAAAGAUACAAGAACUUGAACGGGUUGAAGUACCAUAAGGGUCAUUCCACUCAUUAA